GCAUUGCUCAGGGAGGGAGGGAUGCAUAUGAGGAAAACACUUCUGCCCACCGCAGGUGAGGAGCAGUGCCAGAAUUGUACUAUCAGUUGCAGGCGGCUGGCGGUGGGCAAAAUUCCUGCCACUUUCUAGAUUGGUAAAAACACCUCCUCUGGGUCCAACAACAGACUGACAGAAAACACAGCCCACAUAAGCACUGCCAGCCAGAUGGCACGUUUUGAACCGCUGUUAAUCUCGACAACCUUUUGUAGCGUUGAUGUUGCCCGGGAAUAAAAGCUCCCCCCGAGUGCCUGGAUGCAAGGAGCGGUCCCGGCAUCCGCUCCUCUCUUUGUCUUCUCCACCGAGGACCCCCCAGCAGAACGAGCCCUGGAGGAGGAGGAGGAGAAGAGGAGGAGGCGCCUCCGGGAGAAGAGGCAGAGGGGGCUGCCCAGCCUGUGGCAAGACAAGCGCAGGGGCACGGGCCAAUAACCCCGCCCGGGUGCCCGUCCCUCGGGGAGCGCCGGGAACCGCCAGGCGGGGAGCGGGGGGAGCCGGGGCGGAGCCGGCCGGGAGGGGCAGCCGGAACCCCCCCGCCUCUCGGGGCACCUCCCUCGGGCCGGAGCCCGGUGCCCGGAGCGGAGCAGCACGGCCAUGGGCUCCCGGCUGAGCCGGCAGAGCAGCCUGGAGGAGGAGGGAGCCGCCGGCGAGGAAUCCAACGGCGGCAAGGCGGAGGGCGGCCGGGGCGACUUCCACCUCUCGUCCCUGCUCCUCCACCCCCAGAGGCUGCCCGGGGUGCUGCGGAAAGCCUCGCCGGCGCCCUACGUGCGGCGGGUGGGGUGGCUGCGGGAGAUCCAAGCCACCAUCCGGGAGCACAAGCGGGAGCACGCCGUGCACAUCCUCAGGCUGCUCAGGAAGGACCUGGGACUGGAAGGAACAUUCCUCAAUGAAGUCCUCUACAAAAAUGCGACUUUCCUCAACUUGGUGGAUCCCAUCUCCCAUGACUUGCUGAUGAGCCUUGCUAGAGAUCUUCAGUGUCCCAAAAAGGAAUAUGAUCCCUGGAAAUCCUCAGACAGGAUCUGCAGGCAGCUUAUUUACCACCUAACCCCACACUCCAAAUGGCACCGACACGGCAUGCCCCGGAGGAAGUCCCAGGUGUGCCUGAAGACCAGCCUGCAGAAGAAAGUGAGCCAGGACUCGAUGGAUCUGUCAGGGAUCCCCCUGACCAUGCGGGAUGUCCACCGCAUGGCCUACUACCUGCAGAACAAUGGGGACCACCUCACCUCCGUGGACCUGAGCUUCACCGAGCUGAACGAUGACAUGGUGCGCCUGCUGCUGCCCUUCCUCUGGGCGCUGCCCAAGCUCACUCACCUUUCCCUCAAUGGCAACCGACUGACACGGGCGACCAUGAAGGAGCUGACUGACACCAUGAAGGACAUGAACAAGUUCCCUUGCCUGGCCUGGGUGGACCUCGGCAACAACGUGGAUGUCUCCUCCAUGCCACAACCCUUGCUCGUGGGCCUGCGCAAGCGCCUCAGCCAGCAGACCACGCUGCCUACCAUCUACGAGGCGCUCGACUGCGACUCAGAGAUCUCCAGUGGGCAGGAGGGCAGCCAGCUGGAGGACGAAGAAGCAGGAAGCACCCCGCCACGUGCUUUCCCUCAGCAGGGCUGCGAGAGGUGACUGGACAACAGGCCGGCGCUGGCACACUGAAGCCGCCCCAAGGAGAAAUUCUGAGUACAAACACCGAGCAGAGGGCCAGCUUUACCGGCUUCCUUUGGCGCUUUUCUCUCGCCUUCCCUGGCAUCUCCCCCCAACUUGCUGUGAGACAAAAGCCUGUCGGUCCCCCCAGCGUGCUCCACUCCCUCCCCUCACUACCAAACCCAUCGCCCACGUUACAGAGAGGAACCAGCGACUUACAGUGAACCUGGUCCCCAGGCAGGGUCUCACUGGAAGACGGGAAAAGACCUGUUGAAGUCAAGAAUAUCCUCCAGAAGCCAUUGGGUUGAGGGAAAGUGAUGUGGGGGAAAACCUAAAACAGAAACAGGCUUGUAGUUUACUUCCUUUCUUCCUUUUCCUAGGCACCUUGGAAGGCUUGGGACCUGCAGUCUUGAGUGUGAAAGGAGGUACCCCAAGAGCCUAGCUGUUAUGGAGCUUAGCUGAAGGGCUCAGAGGCCAGAGCUGGAGCCCGGCAGUGUGUCUCCCUCUUGUGUCUGGCUCCUUUUGUUUUGUUUUUUUCCUAUUGUGUGUUUUGUAUUAACGUCUGAACAAAGGGACUUGGUCAGAGACCAUUGGAUUGCAUAGGCCGGGGCGGACACAUGGCUUGGAACUGCAGCAUCAGGAUAUUUGCUGUGUGACCGGGGUGAGAGGGAGGGGAAGGAGGUAUGUGUUGGUGGGAGCAUGGGGGAUGGGAUGAGUUGGGAUGGGAUGGGAAGGCCGAGGGUAGAAAAGGGAGGGGAAAUAGUCUUGUGAUUUAACAGGAUUGGUUUCAAGAACUGUGUUUUUGUAUUAAAAUUACAACUUCCAAGUGAAAUUAAGAAGAAUCAGACAGCUAAGCGCAUAACUGUGACACUAGAGGAGCAAGCAGCAAACGUGCCAGAGGUGGGCACUUCCCAAACUAAAGCGCAAAGUGUUGGCUCCUCGUGGCAUAUUGCACACCUCUUAAUGCAGAGACGUGAUGUGAGCAGCUGCAUUGCCAUUUCCAAUGCUGUCGAAAACCAAACCAGUGAUGCAAAAUUUCUAGUGUUUUCCACAUUGUUCAUGCUCUAUAUAAACACAAUAAACAAUUCUCUUGGACAUAAGCCUGAA